GCAAAUUCUACUGGGCCGGUGAUCGAAUCGUCGAUAGCGUAGGAAGGGUAACCGAGUGAAAUAUCGAUCCGAUGUUUCCUCGACGUCGUUGAAUAUUCCUAGCUGAUUUCUCUUCUCGUCGAUUCGAUUCACACUCCGAAGAAAACGUACUUACGUAAGGAUGAAGAAAUACGGCGGCUACCUUUCGUUGCUCGUUAAAAAGAAUUAAUUGCUUCCAAUAGUCGUAAAUAGGGGAUCGUUCAAUCACAGAUCGUUUCAGUCGCGAAGACGUGUUUACCUUUGCGUCGUUAAUUCUGAUCGAUUCUCCGAAACGCAAUUCUCAAAUCCCAUUUAUUUGGAUCGACAAUUUUUCGAACGUUACGCAAGGUUUCCGUUUUUAUUUGAUAUCUUUUAUCGAUAUCAUUUCCUGGCUAAGCUAUUUCGAUCGCGUUCAGAGAGAUCGUUUGUCUCGGAUUUCGAGGAAAAUCCCUGACGAGCAUAUGAAAACACCUUAAAUUAAAGCUAGAAUGCUUUUAGCGCUUCUGGCGUUGGUCAACACGUAUAAUAGUCUCUUCGAGCGACACAUUUUAUUUCAAUCUUCCCCUUUCUCUGGUGCGUCGUAAAAUCCGAUGACUCGUCUCUUUCUCGGUCUAACUCCCUCGCUUCGAGUUAGAAACAGCCCGUACUGGAACGAUCCAAGGAAGUGGUUCAAAUUUCGUUAUUUCCGGAUAUGUUAGCCGCGGUCCGCAGACCUCAGCCUUUAAAAUCUUCAAUAAAUCGCUUUAAAGAAGCUACGCGACGAUGAGAUUUCAGUUUCUGAAUGCGGUACUCUGUUUUAUUCGUCUCCUCCGCGUCUCUCCGUCUGGAAAAUCUUAAAGCAACCACUCGAAGGAACUCACGUAGCUACGUGAUUAACUGGUUUCGACUUGGUCGUCUUCCUUGCCAGUGGUAUCUUUUCGCUGUCCGGCUCGAUUUAUUUAUCCUCCGCGUGGUAUCGCUCGAGACAUCGAGCUUGAACUCGGACACGACCCGACGGAAGACAAUGCAACGAGGUGGCAUUGAUUUUGAGACCAGGAAACAGAAGAUUUUCCGUUUUGAUCAAAAUUCUUAGAACCCCUUUGAACGUAUUAAAAAGGGUUAAAAAGAGUUAAAUUCAUCCCUCUUUCAUUAUCGUCUUUUCUGUAAUUGAAAUUUCAUCGAAAAUCAUAGGUAAUUUUUAUCUUCGGGAAUUACCGGACUACGUCUAUUCACGGAAGAAAAGUUUCAGCGAAGCCAUUGCGCGAUGACGUGGACACGUCAAACGAUAUCUCGCGAGCGUUUACAUUCAUUCCGGUCGUUCGAAAAUAGUCGCAAAUUUAGCGAUUUCGAUAACUCGGGCUAAUCUGCCAUGUUCCCCGCUUGCUGGCAGACGUUAGCAGAUCGAACCGAUAAUCUCGAAUGGAAAAAUCACGGCGUCGUGAAUCUAUUCGCGAGCGAGCACGCGAAUGGCGGUUCGCAAACAAGUCCAGUCUGGAGAACAUCCAAUUCGAGUCUCGAUAAACGCGAACGUCAAACAUUGGCGUAUGUUUCCACAAUUUCGCGGCGGUCUGGUGUGCUCGUACGCGCAAGGUGGGAAAAAACGCGGGGGUGUUAAAGCCGGGCUGGACAGUGCGUGUAAGCAGUGCACAAAGUGGCUUCGAUUUCGGGAGUUCCGGGUAUAGCAAGCGGCGCUGUGCACUCUCUUCGAGGCAACGGCAUGACGCACAUCAAAGAUGCGAGCGUGCCGGGUGACUGUACUCUGGGUUCAUCGUUCUCGGUUAUGUAAUGUUCGACCGUAUGGUGCAAGCGCCUCGACGCUACUCGUGGCGCUAGAGUUGUCGGACGAGAGCAGCACACGAUAUACAGACACGGGCCGCAUCGAAUCCUCUUCGCUCCAAUACAGUAGUCGUCCGUUCGUGUCCGAACGAUGCGCACACAGACAACCGUGCACCGUCCUCCUUCGCACACAUCCACCAAAACGUCGUUCUUCCUCUCGCUCUUUCUUCUCCUCUCUAUUCACUCUUUCCUACUCUCGCGCGCACCCUCUUUCCUCCGUCUCGCUUUAGCGCCCUCGCAGCACGAUAUAGACGCCGCAUUACCGAGCUGAGAACGAAAAUAGAGGGCAACGGGAACCGCAACUGCAGCAGCCGCAUUUCUUCUCUUUCUCUCGUUUCUAACCCUCCCCCCUCGGCUCUAUAGUUUCCACGCAUUUUCCAACGUUUACCGAAAUUCCGCGAAACAGGGUGGAUUAUUUUGAUCGCUACCGCGAGUUACGCUACAGGCUGACCUCUCUAUUAGGAAAAAAUGCGGUUUAGGGAACGAGGCUUCAUCGUUCCCUUCAAUAGUUGAAAGUUACUAUGCACCAGACCUAAUGGGUUAGGUCUGGCUCAGGUUUUCUUUAGUAUUUAUUUGAAUGCAAGUGGAUAGGCUGAUUUCACGCUUGUUUGAUUUAUAAUCACUGAUUGUUAAGUAUUGAAGUCUAGCCUAAUAACGAAAUGACAAAAUUUCUUGCAUAAUUUUUAUGCCUCGUAACUAGCGAUUGAUUUAGGGUUGCUCGUCGUUGGGAUCGGGGUGUAUUCUUGGUCGAAAUCCAGGUUAGAAGGCGUAUAAAUAGGAAGCUUCUCUGGAAAUUAUUUUGGGGGAACAUUUCGAAAAGCAUCGAAAGCGUUUUGAAGGGAGCCAGUUUACAGUGGCACGGUGAGAUACAUUCGAGAAGGUAGAGUGUCAGAAAUUUUGUGCUCAUGCAGCUCCAUCGAGCGAACGGGAAUCGGUUACGCGUCAGCAUUAAUUUUCUUCGACGAACGAUCCUCUUCAGACCACGGAGGAAAAAUUCUCCCCGUCUACCGGGGACAUUCCAUCCCGUCCCUAUCGGGGGAUAUGUCGUGCAACAUGUUCAACAACUAGCACCGGUAGUGUUCGAUGAGACAGCAUUUUGAUUGCUUCGAAACUCUACGAUCGUUCUGAAACGUCGUUAAAAUUUCCUUGUUGUACGAUGAAACGACAGUGUGUCCCGGAGUGAUCGAUAAAUGGUUAAAAGGAACGACCGAGCGAAAGCAAGAGAAGCCACCGUAACCGUGUUCAAAGUACGAGUUGUUAGUGAAUUUUAAAUGAAACACCGAAGCGCGGAACGUAAAUGGAGGGAAGUCUCUCAACAUUCGGUGGGCCAAGCUGGGGGGCGGACAGUACUAGUCCUCAGCCACCGGAAACGUCGAGAACGAGGGCGCCAGUGCAAGCUCCGAGUCCAGAGAACACCCUUUUGGACGAUCGUAGGCACCAGGUUAAUUCUAUACGAGCCCAGAUCGAAAUAAUCCCGUGCAAGGUGUGCGGCGACAAGAGCAGCGGCGUUCAUUAUGGCGUGAUCACCUGCGAGGGCUGCAAAGGCUUCUUCAGGCGGUCCCAGUCGUCGGUCGUCAACUAUCAAUGUCCACGGAACAAGAAUUGCGUGGUCGACCGUGUAAACAGAAACCGGUGCCAGUACUGUCGGUUGCAAAAGUGCCUACGCCUCGGCAUGUCCAGAGAUGCCGUUAAAUUCGGGCGCAUGUCGAAGAAGCAGCGAGAGAAGGUCGAGGACGAAGUUAGGUUCCACAGGGCACAAAUGAGAGCGGCCUCUGAGACGGCGCCCGACAGCAGUGUAUUCGAACACCAGACUCCGAGCAGUUCGGAUCAACACCACCCCUAUAACGGCGGGUACGCGUAUGGCGGUAGUGAAUACGCUUCUCCCGGUCCCGGCACGGGUGGGUCGGGUUAUUACAAUCAUCAAGCGAUGACAAACUACGAGCUUAGCGCCGAUUAUGUCGACAGCACGACGACCUACGACCCACGACCGACGCAGACGCAGGUCGCGGACACUGUCGCCCCUGAUACACCCUCCGCUGUUACCGCGACUGGGGUACUUCCCAGCGUGGUCACCACCGGGAAGUCGCUGUCUGCCUCGACGACUGGAAGCAGCACGGGGGGUAGUGGUGGUGGUAGUGGAGGCGGCGGAGGCGGUGGUGGCGGUGGUAACGGUGGUGGAUCCGGCGGCGGUGGUGGUGGUGGUGGUGGUGGUGGUGGUGGCGGGUCGGGUGGUGGAGGGAGCGGUUCUGGCACUGGUGGCGGUGCAACCGCCGGUGGAGGAGGAGGGGGUGGUGGCGGUGCCGGUUCCCUGAGCGGGGGUGGAAUCGUUGCUGUGAAGCAAGAGACCACCGUCGAACUCGCCAGCUUGGGCCACGGCUCGUACACGAUGGUCGACUCGACGACCUUUCUGAGCGGUCAGCAACAGAGGGUCAGCAAUCCAUCCGAGGACGACGAAGUGCCGAGUCUGCCCAGUAUGUCCCAUGCGAGAUAUCCGGCACAAAUCAGCGAGUUGCUUUCAAAAACGAUAGCGGAUGCACACGCAAGAACGUGUCUGCUGUCGACGGAACAGAUCCAGGAGUCUUUCCGGAAGCCGCACGACCUCUCCAGAUUGAUCUACUACAAGAACAUGGCUCACGAGCAGCUAUGGCUCGAGUGUGCCCAAAAACUAACCACCGUUAUCCAGCAGAUCAUCGAGUUCGCCAAGAUGGUUCCUGGAUUCAUGAAGCUCUCGCAGGACGAUCAAAUUGUUCUAUUAAAGGCUGGUUCCUUCGAGUUGGCUGUGCUACGUAUGAGCAGGUACCUCGAUCUCCAGCAAAAUUGCGUCCUCUACGGUGACACCAUGUUACCGCAGGACGCGUUUUACACGACGGACACGGCGGAAAUGAAGCUCGUUUCUUGCGUGUUCGAAUUGGCCAGGAGUAUUGCCGAAUUGAAGCUUACGGAAACAGAGCUGGCUCUUUACAGCGCAGCGGUUCUGCUUAGUCCCGAUCGACCGGGGCUGAAAGGGCUCGCGGAAAUCACGAGACUGUCGCAGGCGGUGAUCAGGGCGCUCAGGUCGGAGUUGGAUCGCAACCACGUGUCGCCCAUAAAGGGCGACGUGACGGUCUGCGACGCGAUCCUCGCGAAGAUCCCUCAGCUAAGGGAGAUCUCGCUUCUGCACAUGGACGCACUGGCGAAGUUCAAACGGUCGCAACCGCACCUCGAGUUCCCGGCCCUUCACAAAGAGCUUUUCAGCGUCGACAGCUGAACGAUCGACGCGGCGCAGAGCGUCCCGACGCUGACGAACAAAGCGGUACGCGAGUAGCGCCGGGCCUUGCUCUGUCAAGGUGAGUUCCACCGUCCGGAAAAAAUAACAAAGAAAUGGGAAACGACCAUGGAUAGAAAGAACCGCGACGACGCCUGACGACGAGGUUCGAUGGUUCGUCGCUCACCUAGGAAGUGUUCGCGUAGACGUUUCUCGUUUUUAGGGCCGAUCCUCGAUGCCGAAGAUACGAGGUCUCUGGCGACGCGGAGGUGUCGAAGGGUUCGGAGAACGUGGUGCGAGUAAUGAGGCUAUUCGUUUGCUUUCCUUUCUCGUAACAUAAUACGAUGGAUUCAAUUGAUCAACUGGAUGGCUGGUUCUUUUUUCGAUCGUACUAUUAUUAUUAUAUACACACGCGUUCGUUGUAGCUUUAAACUAAAGGGUAUGCACAGAAAGAAGGGAACGGCGAAGGAAAAGUUGUUGUUAGAUAGAUGGAUAUUUGUUAAUUUAUAGAAACUCGUGUUUCGUUGUUGUAAUUUAAUUCCGACUUCGUAGCGACUUUUUUCUUCUUUUUUUUUUUUUUAUAAUUUAACCAGAGACAUCGUUGUAUGCUUAAGUACAAAGAGAUUUAUCGUCGUUAGAAAGGAACAGGAGUUUGAUGAAAGAAGAGAUAUUGUUUUUCGCUCGUCGCUUGCACGAUCUUCUUUCAAGCCCUUCGAUUCUUUCGGACAGACAAAAGUUAAGAUCCUCGAAUCGAGGAGUAGCAUCAUUUGCAUACUCGAAUUAAAAAACGAACGAAUGGUUGUGUCACGUAGUGAUUCCAUCUAGAUCUGUUGCUCGGUUCGAACGAAAAUGUAUAACGAUAAAGCUGGGUUAUUUCGUAACAGAAGAUAAAUAUGAAAUCGUCGGUGUUAUCUUGUAAGACCUGCGCAACACGAUCGUUAGGACAAUCAACCGAUGACUUCGUUUUGGACUUCGAUAUUGCUGGAUCUUAAGUUACACUGCAAGCGGACCGGCUUUAAAAAGUCGCCAUUUCGAGCGGGAGACAAGUAACUGCUUAGCUGCGAUUGUUGUAAGUUUCAUUUGUUUCUAAUUAUUUGUUAUCCGCGAACGCGCGUAACUUGUAUUUUUUCGGUCAGAAACUGCGUAGUGCUGUUAUUAUUAUUAUUAUAAUGGUUACAAUUAUUAUAAUUAUUAUUAUUAAUACUAUUUACUACUAUUAUUACCGUUACUAUGAUUAUACGAUUUAUUAAUAUUUCUUUUAUUUUAUUUUAUUCUUCUGAAAGCUUUCGUUUAUUUUUUUUUUCUCUUCUUUCAUUAUGUACAAACUGCUGUAGGAUAAUUCGUGUUAAGUUUCUUUCUUUUUUUUUUUCUCUCUCGUUCAUCUUCUGCAAACAAUUAAUUGUUACUGGUUAAGUGAAAGUUACCUUGGUGUUUCUGAAAGAAAAAUACAGGGUUCACGAGUUAACCGAACGCGAUGCAACGCAACGCGAAGAACGACAGUCUACCGGGUUUCUUUUCGUUUCUAAUAUUUUUCUAUUACUCGUACUGGGAUAUUUUUUUUCAUGUUAUCGCGACACUUGUUAACUUAUUCUCAGCCUCUAUUAUAUCAUCGUUCAACGAUACAUUAAUUAUUGCGUUAAGGAGAAGGGAUGCACACAAGAAUCGAAUUAUAUACACCGUUGAAAAACGUCCCUUUAUUAGGAUGAUUUUGUAUGAAAUAAUAAAGUAUUAUAAGCGACCUGAUUACAUGAUUUGCUUCAUCAUAUACGAGACUCUGUAAUUAUUGAAUAAACAUUAUGAAUUGUUAUCGUUCGCGUUUCGAGUGUAAUUUAAUUACUUUCAAACUCGAAUCGAGCUCAUUCCAGUGUCAAUUGAUUAUGUAACCAAUUUCUCGUUGUAUAUAUUCUGUAAAAUAAUCGUGUAAAUUUGUGUAAACGUUUCAUUGGGUAUUUGAAUGGGUUUAUAAAGGACCCGGUAGGCUCGUUGCGAUCGGUUUAUCAAUGUUUCAUGCGAGUCGAAAGUUACUUGUUUCUGGUCUACAGCGAUCCUUCCUAGGGAGCGUCGAUGAACGAUCGUGUGAUGAAUAAAUGCAGGAUAAUUAGAAGGAAAAAUGCGACAGCAAGAGUGUAGGGAAACGGGCGUGUCGAGGCAAUUAGAACAUUAAUAGAUGAACGCGGAAGGCAAUUAUGUGCAAUAAUUCUUGGCGAACGAAAAGGGUGAAAAAUAAAGAGAAGAGAAUGACAAUUAUCAUUUCUGUGUUUUAUGACAUUCUUUACAUUCGGCGAAAAAUAUUAGAAAUUAAAUUAUCAAAUUUUCGUCGCGUCCGGAUCUCCUCGGUCUGACCAUAUAUCGGGACACAUCUACUUGCGUUCUUUUUCGCCUCGAUCGGAAUCGUCGCGUCCGUGGGUUACACGGAAGGGGUGAAAAAUUAAAACGAAUAAGAAAACAAGAGAAAACACUUGGACUCGUCUACUCGACUGAAUAGUUCUAUACUCGCGGUGCUUACGACAGGGAGCAAAAGAGGUACAAGCGUUUAACCGUAUAUUCGUCUCCUUUCUGUUGCAGAUUAUUUCCUUCGUAAUGAACGUAUUGGGCCUUAAAUAAACAUAACAUUGUUAUAUAUAAAGUAUACAUAAAAAAAGCAACAUAAAGUAUAUAUAUAUAUAUGAAAGGUAUAUAUAUAGAAGUAUAUAUAUAUAUACAAAUAUGAAAUAUAUUAUAUAUAUAUAUAUAUAUACAUAUAUAUAUAGAAAGAGAGAUUGUGAACAUGUAUGAAUGCUAGAAAGCGUGAUACGUGUGGGUGAAAUAAGAAUAAAAAUGAAUGAAAAUACGCGCGAAAGAGAGACGAAACGAUGAUAGGAAAUUAUAAUGAAAAUAAGGGAACGUGCGAGAGCGAACGAAAGCUGCGUGUGAUAAUAGUAAUUAACGAGAGAGAGAACUGAGAAAUAUCGGUUGUUAUGAUGAUACAUACAUAAAGAAGUAUAUAUAUUGUAUUAAUUAAAGUAAUGCAAAAAAAAAGUGGUUAAAUAAGAGCCUCAGCUGGGACGAUCCAUGGACGACGUAGAUGAUAAUAUAUACAUAUAUCUAUAUAACAGGGGACUGGCGUGUACGGAGGAAUUUUGAUCGGUCCGCCGAUCGUUGCAUAGAAACUGGCAUACAUUUAACAAACAAGUAAACGACGCAAAAAGAUGAAAAAUAACCGAAGAAAAUAGCGAUUCGACGAAGAUUGUAAUUCGACGUGGUGCACGGCCGGAGAUCGCGUCGGCGUUUCCUGCAACCGUAUGCAAUUUUAACAGAAUAUAUUUGAUGAGAAUAAUAUAGAAAGAAUCAAAGAAGGAUACCGAUGCUAUGUCCGGCUGUCAAACGUCGUUCAACUUCGUAGUAGUGGUUCGCAUAGUUUCCUCUGAGCUACUUUAGACUCUAUAUAUGUAUAAACACACACACGCAUCUAUAUAUAUUAUAAAUAUAUAUAUAUAUAUACAUAUUAAAGAAAGGUGAAAAACGAGCACGAUUCGGCGGUGCGAGCAAGAUUCAACGGUCCCUGUGCUUAAAGAGAAGAUUUAAUUAAACACAGAGAAAUAAAGAAAUGAAAUGAAGAAGGGUUAGAGAGACAUAUAUAUAUAUAUAUAUAAAUAAAUAAAUAAAGUUUUUGUCCAUGGACCGGCCUGAUCGGCUCACGGACGCAACACGUGGAAAUGAAAAAGAAUAAAGGAACACAGGCACACCGAUACACACACGAUAUACACACACCCGCAGCGAGACUAAAAAUGAUAGAAAAAAAAGAAAAAUGAAGAAACGACUAAACGAAUACACAAUUUUACAUACACGAUGCCUGCGCGAGCGCGUAGAUAGAGUUUAAUCGAGGUAACGUUAUGUGCGCAUUGUAAAAGUUUUGGUACUGUACGGCACUGUAUUGACGCGUCUCUUUAUACGUAAACACGUACUUCUUAACUAAAUAAUAAUCCAUCGCCGCGGUGAAGCCUCUCGAAGCGUUUUUUACGCACCGUUACCGGCUUUCCUCGCUUUCGUCGGCCAGGCGAUGCCGGCUUAUCAUCUGUCGUGCACCCCGAGCGUACGCCAAUACGAUUUUCCAACAAAAAUUCAGACGAUUACGGAAUCAUUUCGCUCGUUCUAAUACGUCGAUGGGUUGUGAGGUAUAAAGAAAAAUUUGAUAAAAUCCAAAAUUUUGUAGCUGGGUAAAUUUUCAACCCCUCUAGCGAUCGCACAAAUUCUUAAAAAUUUUCUCAUUUAUCAUUAUAUCAUACACGGUGCCAAUUUAUUAAUUUAGAUCCUUUAGAUCCUCUUUAUCAUUUCGAAGAGAUUUUAUUAUCACAGCUCCAUCAAUGUAUCGAAUGUAAGGUACAAUAUUAGAAGACUUUCAACUAUGAUCCUUUGCAUCCUUGUUCCGUGUAUAUUCAAUCUAUUUUCCCCUCGAUUAAAGACUAUCUUAAAGACACCGUUUACUUACGAUUAGAACUGUAAAUGUUAUUAACAAUAUAUCUUCUCGUCGUUAACGCAAUAAGUAAGAUUAAUAAACGAAAGAGUACUAAAACUUGGAAUUAGAGGUCUAGCUGGUAACACGGUUCAACAGGUGCAAAGGAUCUUUCAAUUCGUAUUCAUUCAAAUUCUUCAAUGGAAAUAUAAUUAAGAUUCGUUCAUGAAUUUGCAACCCUUUCGUUGCAGCAAUUAAUCUUGGUACCAGGAACACGAAAUCUCAGCACGAUAAUUUUUCAAGCAAACGAAAGGGUUCGUGAAAAUCGCGUUGGUUCGGUGCUCGAAAAGGUUUAUGGGACCCGCGUGGCGGCCCCGUGAGACACUUCGUGGAUUCAAGUCAAUGUGAUGACGAUCAACGAUCAAUAGCUUCUUUCCUUUCGAGAGACGUCGUUCGUCGCGGCCGCGCCUUUCACUUCGUCGUUUAAGUCGAUUUUUUGUACGCGAUCAACGAUUUCCGGUUGACACACGAUUAGCUGGUUAAUUAGUUAUUACGGUAGGGUCGUCAGCGUCGCGCGAACGACACGGUCGACCAUUGAUUCGCGAUCGUCGCCGAUUUAAACGUCGUAGAAACGCGACAACGAUCGGGUGACAAGUUGAUUUUAGACGAUCUACCCCGCGUUUUCAACUUUCUAUAUCGAUCAUCAUUUCUAGCUGAUUAAUCGACGAGUUAAUCCCCGUGAAUUAGUUGCGUUCGCGACGUUCCUUUCGAUUCACCGGGGAGGAUGUUGUAUAGUUGAAUAAAUUUUACAGUGAGUUGUUUAAAAAUUUUAUUAUAAUUAGGUAAAAAUGAUUAAACAAAUCUUUAGGUAAUUCGGCUCGAAUAUUCGGCACGAUGUAUACCUUUAAAUUCGAAUUUAUUAAUAGAGAAUUUAUUAAUUAUUCAACUAUAUCAUUCUGUCCGCAGCGAAACGUCGUUUAGUCGAAUUUAACGCUAAGUUCGAGUUUCGUAGCGCAUCAGCGAGCCAGGUCGAUACUUUACAGUUACAAAAGUGUCCCACAUUUUUAGCGCAGCUUAGCAAGACCGCAUAGCGUGACCGUAGUUGAUAGACGUAACAGAGUUUAUACAUAAGUUUCAUCGUAAAGUAUCGUCCAUCGUUCGCGCAAGGUCCUCCACUUUUAUUGUAAUUUAACAAUGACACAUGGUCCCUCGAGCAGCACCGAAAGCGAUACCACCUUAUUGUUAUCGAACAUCGGGCGAGUUUUUCUAUUUGCGAGAUCGUUGUAUUAACGUUUCUAUUACACACCCGUGCAUAUAUGUAUAUUGUUCAUCGCGUGUACCAUUCGUUGUCGCGAGGAUGGCUACUCGAGGGAUUACUCGGUUCUUUAAUCAUCACUUCGAAUCCUUCGAAGGAGUCGAGCGACGUGUCGAAUGAAAGUAUAGAAAGAGCUUCGAUGAAUAAGGGAGACGUAGACAAACAAUUAUUUUUGAAAGAGAGACAGAGAGAGCGAGAGAGAGAGCGCUUUUAGAAGAUAAUUCAAAGGCGAAACUUAGUAAAUCAUUGAAAAUGGAAAGAGAAUGUGGUGAUUGUUUUAGCCCGAAUCGUUUAGCAUCGAAGAGAAACGUAACGAAAGAAAGAAAUUAAAGAAAAAUAAUUGAUACUAAAAAACUAGAGAAAGAAGGCUCGACGAGAGCGAUGGCGAAUCCGUCACGGUGCGCCGACUGACACGUUUUCGGACGGUUUAAAUAUACUUAUAGCGAAAUUAAGAAAUGCAUAUUAUUCUGCCGAUUAACGAGUAAGUGCGUAGAAUUCGUUUAACUGUAGAUAAAGACACGUACACAGUCACGUACGCGCGAGUGCAAGAUACAUUACCACCUGUAAUCGUUCACCCACAAACCACCCACCCAGCCACCCACCCAUGUGUACACAGCGUACAAAUACACAUAUAUCACACGACACGUGCAGACAUACACAGACACAUACACGGACACGAACACGUACAUAUACUUAGACGUCGGAGAUAAUCGAGGUACGGUUAAGAGAAAAAAAAAAAGAAAUAUAUAAAACGAAACGAAUGGAUAAGAGAACGUGAGAAAACGAGAGAAAGAGAGAGAGAACGAGAAUAAUGGGAGAUAUUAAAGAAAAAAAAAAAAUAAUAAAUGCAAAACACACACACACAAAGGCGCAACACGUACACGCGCACGCACGUUGCAAUUAGACGUUAUUAUCGCAAUUUGGAGUUAAAUUUUAUAAUAUAUAAUAUAUAAAAAUAUAUAUAUAAUAAAUAAAAGUU